AUGGAGCAUGUUCUUGUUGUAGAGAAUAUGGUCAGAGGUCUUGAAAAUGAUGAAGCAGACUUCUUGAAUCUGGUGGAGGAGACACGAGAAAAAAUCGAGAAGAAGAAGGAAGAAGAGGAGAAGCAAGAACUAUCUGAAUUCUAUAUAUCCUUUCUAAGUAUUGAUAAGACAGGAACAGUUGGGGCCUUUUCCCACUAUGAACACCAGGGGGUAGCGAAGUUGCAAGAGGAAUCCCUGACGGCCCGAGCGAGAGUGAUUGCAGAGGAGCCCAAGAGACCACAGUCGAGCGGGCAGCAGGGGAAGCGAAUCUCCCAUCAACGGCAGCUGCUGUCGGGGAUCAUCAAGAGGAAACGGGGCCCUUCAGAAGGAGACGAAGAACCGGACAAGAAGCAGAAGACGGACAGCAAUUGCACUCAAGGCCUUCUCCAGAAAGAGCCAACUGACUCCAUCCCAAGCAAUCCAUCAGGAAAUGGAAAUGUUCCUCGCAACGUAACACGUGUUCUGGGGAACAUGCCUUGUGCUCUCCAGUCCAUUGGGACAUUACCUGGGAUUGGUGGAACUUAUACUGAUUCAAGUGGAAGUGAUUCAGACAGUUCCUCUGACCUGGAGUCAUACUUCCAUUCCAAAAAACAGGUGCAGGAGGAGAACCUUCGCUUCUCGCAUGUCCGUCACCUUCCUAUUCGCUUCGAGGCGCUGGCGAAGCAUGACAGCUUCGUAUCUGAACUUCCACCUGCGGGGAAAGAGGAGUUAGUUCGGUUUUCUUCCGGAGAGAAAAAUUUGCGAACUGACUUUUCGGCUGCAGACUUUUCGGGUGUGAGUGAUGAUCUCGGUCUGCAAGUACGACAUCGGGGCGGGAUUCUGUGCGAAGAAAAUAGGGGAAAAGAUAGGAAGGGCUAUUCCACAAUUGAGACAGCCAGUCUCGUCCCGUGUGUCACACGGAGGCAGCCAUAUCCACGUGCGGAUCCUAGAUGGCGGUCACCAUGUGCAUCCCGUGGAAGCAGCCAUGUCCGUGGGCGGGUCCAAGAUGGCAGCUACUACAAAAAGACCUUAGAUCUUGCUGAAGCAGCUGAGAAGCACUGUCAGAAGCUGGGAGAGAAAAUGAACAAAAUGUCAAUGGAGGAAGUGAAACAUUUCACAGCUUCAACUAUGCUUGACAGGGUCUUCUGUCAUAGAUGUAUGGACCCAAAUGUGCUGUCUGGCAUUGUGUCCAGCUCCUUGCCACCUUUCCUCUCUUCUCAUCCUUCUGUAAAGAUCCUGAUUGUGGACAGUAUUGCAUUCCCAUUUCGCUACGGAGUUGAUGAUCCCCUUCUUCGGACGAAGCUCCUCCACGAAAUCCACCAGACACUCCUACGCUUGGCUCAUGAUCAUAAUCUUGCAGUAAGGGAGUCCCUUGCUCAAGUGGUUAUAACUAAUCAGUUGACCACGUAUAUGGACGUAGUGACUGGGCGAAGCACAGAGAUCCCAGCCCUUGGUGAAUCUUUCUCGCACUUGCCCUCUCUGAGGAUACUCCUGUCUCGCAGUGAGGACUCUCCAUUGAGGACCAUGGCUGUUGUCAAAUCUCACUGCUUACCAGAAAUUGAGGUCCCUUUCCAGAUAUGGGAAAGUAGUAAGAUCAGAUUUCCAUAUUCCUCGUCGACUGUGAUACGGGCAUUCCAAGCACCACAAUAUGAUAUUGGAGCCUCUCUCACGAUGAACAAGAGCGGCUCUGUGACCGGGUCCUUCAAAUGGGUCGACGACUCCAUGGAAUCAGAGUCCGAGGGGAGCAGCAUCCUCCAGGGCAAUGGCUCCAUGGUCUCCAACCCACCAGACCGCUAUGGCUUCAUCGGUGGCUUCCAGUAUUCAGGGGAAAAGGACUUGGACAUCCCAUUGUCAGUUCUGCGCAAACGUGAGAGCAAGUGGCUCCACAUGCUCAAUAACUGGGAGCGCUUCAUGGAGAAGAAAUUUGAUAAGCUGAGGGAUCGAUGUCGCAAGGGCAUUCCGCCCUCUCUCCGUGGGCGAGCCUGGCUUCAUUUGUGUGGUGCUCACAAACUUAUCCGUCAGGAGCCAAGUCUAUAUGAGCGAUUGCAUCAAAAGUCUGCUCAGCCAGAGGUAGAAGAUGAAAUUCAGAGGGACCUCCAUCGCCAAUUUCCGAUGCACGAGAUGUUUGCUGAGGCUGGAGGGAAAGGGCAAACAGAGCUGCACAAUGUCUUGAAGGCAUACUCCAUCCUGAAUCCCCAAGAUGGAUACUGUCAGGGCCAGGCACCUGUGGCUGCAACCCUUCUCAUGCACAUGCCUGCUGAACAUGCUUUUUGGUGUCUUGUCUCCCUCUGCGAGAAGUAUCUCUCUGGGUACUUCAGCCCUGGUCUGACGCAACUUGAGAUUGACGCCGAUCUCCUUUUCACCAUGAUCAAAAGGACUGAUGCUGCUGUCCAUCGCCACUUGAAAAGUCAGGGUGUGACACCCUUGCUCUUCAUGACCGACUGGUUCAUGUGUGCCUAUGUGCGGACACUUCCCUGGGAGACCGUGCUUCGUGUCUGGGAUAUAUUCUUCUGUGAAGGAUCAAAAGUGCUGUUUCGGGUGGGGCUAGCCCUGAUCAGGAUGACCCUAGGGAAUUCGAACCAGAGGCGCCAGUGCCCCAACAUGUAUGAGACCAUCCAGUCCCUCCGCAACAUUCCCAACGACUGCAUGACCAUCCCCGUCCUCUUCCAUCAGAUGCAGAAGCUAAACGUGUCAGCAGAGGACCUAGACCGUGAGUACCGAAAGCUGGUGCGGAAGCGUCGGGCCGCACUGAAGGCAUCGGCGUCCCCAUCUCCAAGAUCCAGGUCUCACCCCUUGCUGGGGUUCCUUUCUGGCUUUCAUUUGCCAGUUUUGUGUGCCAUGUCAACAUUCAUUUCUAGUGUGAGUUCUCACAUCAAAUAUUGCCCAAAGAUGAGUGAGGAUCUGGCUGAGUUUGUCACCCAGGCUGAGAAACGUCUUCAGGACUUCUUUACCUACACUGGAUUCAGACCUGAUGCAAUAACCGAAGAAAGGAGGGCAGCCACUGGGUGGAUGCCGAGACCGUGGAUGAACACGCAGAGCGAUGUUGUUGGAGGCAGCACGGACUGCAAGAUGCAAUAUGAGAUCUUGAAGAAUGCAGGGCUGAAUCCAAGGGCAGACAGGGAGGUCCCAUGGACGGCGGGAAGGAGCAGCUCCGACUUCAGUUGUGACGAGAAGCUUGCCCUCUAUGAGCAUGUCCUCCAGUGUGCUAAGCGCAGAGGAGCAGCAAGGCUGAGUUAUGACCUCGAAGAUCUAUCACUGGGUGGAGAGAAGACAGCAGGGAAACGAGAGAUGACAGAAGAGGAGGUGGAGAAGGCAUUGCGAGACGCGAAGCGCAGACGCGUCUCCUAUCGCAAGAAGGUUCACACCAACAAGAAGAAUCAUUAUGAGGUCUUACGAGAGGUUAUAGCAAAUCAGACGGCAGCCCUGAGGGAAUGGCUGGGCCUUCCCCCGGAGGAAGAUGAGGCGAUGAGCGCUCCACCGGAAGUCCCUCCGGCAACAGAUGCCGCUCCGCUGCGUACUCCUCCCCAUCUUGUGGUCAAAGACGACGGUCUCCAAGAGGUGAAACGAGAAGAGAACUGGAAGCAUAAAAGAAGAAAGAGGAGCAGGGAGAGAGAGGGAAGGAGGGAGAAGAAGAGAUCGAGGUCCCGUCAUCGCUCCCGCUCGCGUCGUCGUCAUGGCAAGCACUCCCACGGAGAUCAACGUGACCGUGACCGCAGGGAUCAACAAGACCGCCACCACAGAGAUCAUAACGGGCGCCACCUCGAGGAUCGGCAGGACCGCCACUCCCAUCGCGACAAGCAUCGUCGAAAACAACAGCAGGCAGACCUGCAAGCCGGAGGAAUGUACCCGAAGGUGGAAGGGUACGAGGUGAUCAAGGUCAUCGGGGAGGGGUCCUUCGGCAGGGUCUUCCAGGCCCAGAGCAAGGCCACGGGGCAAAUCCUCGCUCUCAAGCUCAUCCGCAAGCUAACGGGCAACGGCAUCCGAUCGCAGCUGGGGAAGACGGCUCGGGAGCUGGAGAACCUGCAGCGGGAGUGCGAGAUCCUGCAGACCCUCAGGCACCCCAACAUCAUCCAGGUCAUGCACACCUUCGAGACGUCCUCUGAGGUGGUGGUGGUGAUGGAGUAUGCCGAGAAGGAGCUGUUCCAGCUGCUGGAGCGGGAGGGGCGGCUGGGCGAGGACGUCGUCCGACAGAUCGCCGGCGACCUCGUCUCUGCCCUCUACUAUCUCCAUUCGCACCGCAUCCUGCAUCGGGACCUGAAGCCAGCCAACAUCUUGGUGGGGCAGGAUGGGAAGGCGAAGCUGUGCGAUUUCGGCUUCGCACGCUGCAUGAGUCUCAACACGUUCCUUCUCACGUCGAUCAAAGGGACCCCGUUGUACAUGGCUCCGGAGAUCAUCGAGGAGAAGCCCUAUGACCACAAUGCUGACCUUUGGUCUCUGGGGUGCAUCCUGUACGAGUUGGUGACGGGCUCCCCGCCGUUCAACACGACGAGCAUCAUCCAGCUGGUGAAGAAGAUCACGGGGGAGGCCAUCCCCUGGCCCGGGGAGGACGUCCUGGGGCCCGAGUGCCGGGGGUUCCUGGAGGGACUGCUCCAGCGGGACCCGGAUCGGCGGCUGUCCUGGCCGCACCUCCUGCACCAUCCGUUCGUCUGCGAUCGCGUCAAGCUCUCCUUUGAUGGGGGUGGGUUGACGUCUGGUGUUGUCGGUCGCGCCGAAUGGGUUCACGAACCUGGUGCACCCUUGACAUUCCCACUGUCCGAAUCCCAGGAGAUGAAGCGAGAGGCACAACGUCGGGACCUGGAGGCCAGAUCUCUCAACCGCCCAAAGAUCUUGGUAAAGGCCAUGGCAAAAGUGGUCGACCUGCGGGCGCAACGCACGGACGGGCCGCCCGCCGCUCGGUCGGACGACGGAGGAAAGACGGAGGAGGACGAGAAGACGGAGCGGGCGUCGGAGGACGAGGGGACGGUGACGGCGGCGGGGAACCAGCGCCUGGUGGAGGCCGCGACCCUGGACCCCAUCGAGGCGAGCAUGGGCGCCCUGACCCUGAGGAGCUUCGGGCUCGGGGACAGCAAGGCGGUGGAGACGGAGGAGUGGCUCAGCUUCCUCCGCAAGACCUUCGACGAGUGCCUGGGCUCCGUGGAGAACCUGGCCGAUCCCAGUUUCCUGGCCGUGCUCCUCGGCCCGCUGCGAAGCUCGCAGGUGUCCCCAAAGGUGGUGUCCCGGAUCGCCCUGUUGUUCUCCGUCCCCUUGGUGCACCCGUGCACUCACGAAUCGAGAGAGAAGGUGAUCCAGGCGUACCUGGAUUCGAGGGUGGUGGCCAACCUGUUCUACGCCGCCCGCCACGUCCUCCAGUCGGCGGAGUCGGAGCCCACCGACGAGGAGUGGGAGACGCUGGAGGACCUGGUGGAGCUCCUGUCUCACCUCGUCCAUCUGGACGCGGAGUUCGCCGUGGCGCUUUGCGAUGCCGUCUGCGUCAUGAAUGCGUACGGCACCGUGCGGCGUCUGGUGACGUCCACGUGGUGUCGGGCGGGACGGGACGUUCCGCGGAUCUCUGCGAAUACGUUGGCCAUCCUCGCCCAGAUCCUGAGGGUGAAUCCCGAGAAUUCGGCCGUCGUUCAGGAAGUCCUCUGGGACUCAAAGACGGGUCUGUGUAUACUCGUGGUUCUCGAGAUCGAUUAA